UCUCAUUUAGUUGUCAACGUUAUCAAAAUGGAGGACAAACGAAUCAUCGUGCAGCUGAAAGACGAAGAUGGCGUUUAUCUUGGUGUAUCGAUGGAUGUACCGAUUGAUAUCACUAAACAACAGCUGCAGCAGAUUUGCAAUAGUCUUAUGCAGUUGGAAGAGCCAGUUCCGUGCUCCUUUCUACUCAACGAAAAAGAGAUCGUCGACUCGUUGUCAGACACCAUCGAUUUGGAUAGUGUGAACACCGAAAAGAUCUUGGAGAUCACCUAUCAGCCUCUGGCGUUGUUCAGGGUUCAGGCCGUCACUCGGUGCUCGAGCUCCCUACCGGGCCAUGCAGAACCUGUCAUAUCUGCGCAGUUCAGUCCAGAUAGCAAGCACUUGGCAAGUGGUUCCGGCGACACGACGGUUCGACUUUGGGACCUGAACACAGAAACACCCGAGUUCACGUGCAAAGGACAUCAUAACUGGGUGCUUUGCAUAUGUUGGUCUCCGGACAGCCAGAAGUUGGCGUCCGCUUGCAAAAAUGGUCAUGUCAUCAUCUGGGACCCACUAAAGGGUACUCAGAUCGGCAGAGUUCUGACAGGCCAUAAAAGCUGGAUCACGUGUUUGGCGUGGCAGCCACUUCAUUGUGCGACUGAAGUCCGGCUUUUGGCCAGCUCUUCGAAAGACUGCGAUAUUCGCAUUUGGGACAUAGUGCUUGGACGGACAGUACGAGUCCUUGCCGGCCACUCAGCGUGCGUAACUUGUAUCAAGUGGAGCGGUGAGGACUUAAUAUUUUCGUCGUCCGAAGACCGCACGAUCAAAGUGUGGCGCGCAGAUGACGGAACUUUGUGCAGAACAUUGGAAGGCCAUGGCCAUUGGGUGAACACAAUGUCCCUCAAUACGGACUAUGUGCUGAAAACUGGUGGCUUCGAUCCUCUGCAUCAACCUUAUCCGGAAGAUGUCAAUGAACUACGAGAGGUAGCACUGAGGAGGUAUCAGGAAGUGAAGCGAGCGGACCCCGAAAGACUGGUCUCCGGUUCCGAUGAUUUCACGCUCUGCCUUUGGCAACCGUCGAUCAACAAAAAGCCGAUUCAGCGAAUGACGGGCCAUCAGCAGCUAAUCAAUCAUGUCCAGUUUAGCCCGGAUGGCCGAAUAAUCGCUUCAGCAUCGUUCGACAAGUCCGUGAAGCUCUGGUGUGGCAAAACCGGAAAAUUCAUCACAACACUCAGGGGACACGUACAAGCCGUUUAUCAGAUAUCGUGGUCGUCGGACAGUCGUCUUUUGGUGAGCGGAUCUGCAGAUUCUACUUUGAAACUGUGGGAUAUGAGAACUAAGAAGUUAGCCAUCGAUCUGCCGGGCCAUGCUGAUGAGGUGAGUUGA